ACAUGUAGGACGCCAUUUUUAAAUACCUGUUGAACGCAAAAUUGAACGCGUGUUUGCGUUACCAAAAUUUGUAACCUAUAAUUAUGAUCGUUGACAGUUGUAAACGUGCCUUUGUUUUGUUGCACUUAAAGCUUUGAUUCCAUGCAGCAUUAGGAUUAGACAUUGAAUCAUAUUUCUAAUAAUGAAGGUCCUGGCGCUUGUAAGUGGUGGCAAAGACAGUUGCUUCAACAUGAUGAAAUGCGUCGAGGCAGGCCACGAGAUUGUCGCAUUGGCACACCUCAAACCAAAAGGCUGUGACGAACUCGACAGCUACAUGUACCAGUCUGUGGGCCACGAAGUGUUGGGGUAUUACGCGGAGGCGAUGGGACUGCCCCUCUUCCAAGACGACAUCACUGGCAAGCCCCACAACCAGGACCGUGAAUAUGCAGUCACAGAGGGUGAUGAAGUGGAGGAUCUCUUCAGGCUCAUGUCGACUGCAAAGGACAAAGUGGACUACGAGGCAGUGUCCGUCGGUGCCAUUUAUUCGGACUAUCAGCGAGUCCGAGUUUUAAACGUUUGCAAUCGCUUGGGUCUUACCAUGCUGGCUUACCUGUGGCAUCGAAAUCAGGCCGAGCUACUCCGAGAAAUGAUCGAUAGCGGCGUUAACGCCAUCCUCAUUAAGGUUGCUGCUCUAGGUCUGGAACCAAAGAAGCACCUAGGGCUGACCAUCUCGGAAAUCUAUCCUCAUAUGCUCGAAAUGGAGAAAAAGUAUGGACUGAACGUCUGCGGAGAAGGCGGCGAAUACGAGACUGUGACGCUUGACUGUCCUCUCUUCCGAAGACAAAUUGUGAUAGACAAGAGCGAGACUGUGAUCCACUCUGACGACGCCUUUGCACCUGUUGGGUACCUGAAGCUUACAAAGAUUCAUCUCGAGGACAAGGUCGGGUGAAGAACAUGUUGUCGGCAUACCCCCAACUUCACUAUGACUCGCUGCAAUUGUAGUCCUGGCAGAUGCUAUUGUUUAUGUAUAUUUGUAUUUACCUUGGAACAUGUUUUGCACAUACACAUGUCCAAACAAUGCA